AUGGAGGUCCUAAUACGUGAUGUACAAGAACAGCUGGAUAGUAGCAUGCCAAGUCACUGGAGGGUUCCAGAGGGCUAUUCCUACACUGUAUAUCAUCCAAUGGAAGAGAUUUAUCACUGGAUGUACCAGAUAAAGGAGAGCAACAGUGAACUGGUGACACAGCAUUAUCUAGGAAUGACAUAUGAGAACCGGCCAAUGUAUUAUCUGAAGAUAAGUCAACCAUCAAAUAAGGCCAAGAAGAUUAUUUGGAUGGACUGUGGGAUUCAUGCCAGGGAAUGGAUCUCUCCUGCCUUUUGCCAGUGGUUUGUGAAAGAAAUUUUACAGAAUUACAAAACUGACCCAAAGAUAAAAAGCUUCCUGCAGAACUUGGACAUAUAUAUUCUGCCAGUUCUCAAUAUCGAUGGUUAUAUCUAUUCCUGGACAACAGAACGUCUGUGGAGAAAAUCCCGCUCUGCACAUAUAAAUGGCACCUGCUUUGGAACAGAUCUUAACCGUAACUUCAAUGGCUCCUGGGGCAGUAUUGGGGUGUCUCAUAACUGCAGCAGCCUCAUUUUCUGUGGAACAGGGCCAGAAUCAGAACCUGAGACUAAAGCUGUGGCCAGAUUUAUAGAAAAAAGGAAAAGUGAUGUUUUGUGCUUCUUGACUAUUCACUCUUAUGGACAGUACAUUCUCACUCCCUACGGUUACAAAACCGAUUUGGCAAGCAACCACCAGGAUUUGGUGGAAGCUGCAGAGAAAGCAGCAGUCGCACUGAAGGAAAAGCAUGGGACCAAUUUUACAGUAGGACCAACUUCUUUGAUUUUGUACAAGAACUCUGGCUCCUCGCGGGACUGGGCUCACAUGAUUGGCAUUCCAUUCUCCUACACAUUUGAGCUGAGAGACAAAGGUGCCUAUGGAUUUAUUCUUCCGCCAGACCAGAUCCAGCCCACAUGUGAGGAGACUACCGCAGCUGUGAUGACCAUCAUAGAAUAUGUAAAUCAGAAGCACUUCCCAAACAGUGCAGUGGCAGUGACCUCUGGCAGCCUGUGGCUAGGGCUCAGUGUCCUAUUCACAUGGACCUUGUCCUAA